AUGCCUUUAGGAGUGUUUUUGGCCAUUCGAUUUAAAAAGGCCGGAGAUGAGAGCCUUCUUGUUGUUUCUGAGAACCACGGACUCUUAAUCAGCGAUGCCAACCCUACUCGAGAGAAUAAUGCACCUCGCCCAACCAAUCCUCACAGAACUCAGGCUGGACGAAUCUCUUUUUCCAGCCCCAAUGGCUCUCUCGCCCGACCUCGAGAAGCACUUCCCUCGAUUAUGUAUGCCAGCAUAAUGCAUACAGCCAGGCAAGGCAUUAACACAGCCUCAGCACUCGGCUUUAAAGGACUAAUACACCCGUUCACUAUGGGCAAUGUGUGCCGAAAAUCUGCCCGAAAACAAAAAAGAUAUCAACAGAGUGGGUUUCUACUGCCGAGUGAGAUGCAUGAAUUCAAGCAUCACCGAAAGAGGUACGCCAAGUCGCUUUUCAGAGGCCAUCGGUCGCGCAGGAAGUACCAGAAUCAGCCGCCAUACGACCAAAGGCAGCCGACCUGCUUGUUCCUGGGACGACAGGCUAUGCGGCGAUGGGGUGACGAGCCGGGGUAUGAGGAGGCGGUGGUAAACCGUGCCUCACAGACUCCAGCCAACUGGUCGGAGGAAUUGAGUGCUUCUUUUCGCUCUGCAACUCUCAAGUUGGCUCCGUCCGAUGAUGAUCAUCAGCCUGGGCUUGAUGCGCCUCAGUCAGAAGGGCCUGGCGUCCCGAUCCAAACAGGCGAGCUUGUAGGCCGGAAGAACUGUCCUGAUUCACCACGUUCCCCAACCGUUCAGGCAGCCUCGUCGUUCCACAGACUGGACGUUGGCCUACUCGAGGCAAAGCAGUUCAGCAAAUCUGGUGGAAUGGUUGCACUCGACGAGACUUGGGACAAAAGUGCCAGGCAGUCGGUAGUGCGAGGCAGAAGACUGAAAGAUGUGGAUUUGAUGCCUGUUCAAAAAAAAGAAGAACGAUGGGAGAGUGAAAGUUGCGAAAAGGCAGAAGACGAUGAGGAGGAGGCAAAGGCUAGCUUCACAGGACGUCUCAAUCAAGCAAGUCGCCAUGCGGGUCUUCAAUUUGUCCGCAGAUGUGAGUCGGAGACUUUGGGCAGACAAGCCAAAUCGAACAUUCGGGGCGGCAGACAGGCGGACACAGACAAAGAUCGCAGGCUUCCAUCUGCAGACCAUGAAGCAUGGCCUCCAGACAACUGGACGAAGCGGGCCGGGCUAACGGGAGAGAAAGUGAACAAACCUUGUCGUUCUGUGUCGACAUCCCUAAAAAAAAGGGUGAGUUCAAGAGGGCCAAUUUGUUAA